UCGCGGUACAAGGACGAAUAAAGGAAAUCAGAUGCUCCGAUCCAUAGUGCCUUACUGCUGAACAUGCCAGGGGCUUCUUUGAAUGCGACGCCUGAUACAUAUUUCCCCUACCAAAUAAAUCCGGGCCGAUGAUCUUCUCCCAACCGAAAAGCUUCAUUCAUCUAUCCAGGAAUCGAAUUUCCACCGCUUCUUUUUCCCCUCUUUCGUCACCGCAGCGAUGUAUAUCCUAUAGCACGAACCUUCCCGAAAAAAUUUAACCAAAUAAUAGAAAAAGAAAUACACGGGAAUAAACAAAGAGAAAAAGAAAUGGACAUCUCUCAACUCUCCACCCAGCUCACCGAAGCACCAACCCACUUCCCAAAUUGUUGUCUAUCUAUCUCCAGCACCCUGAUAGCCCACUUAGCAUGGCUCCUUCCUGAAAGGCCCGCGUUUGCCCUAUCAAUAGGCUGUGGAUCCGGUCUCCUUGAAGCUCUAAUACUACAUAACCACCCCAGCGUCCACAUCACCGGAAUAGAAGUCUCCACGUCAGUCAACCGCUACCUUGCAGAAGAGGACUUCGACGUGGUCAGCGGGACUUGGGAUCUGUAUGCGCGUGCGCCGCAGGCGGCAGCAUGGAUGUUUGUUUACCCGCGUGAACCGAAGCUGGUUAGCAAGUAUAUCGAGCUGUAUGGCGAUGGACCUGAGUCGUCAGUGCAGAUGAUUCUGUGGUUAGGACCUCGCGCGGAUUGGGCUGAUUAUGAGCCGUGCUUUCGCAAUUCGUCUUUCUCGGACGUGUGUAUCCCUGAGAAUGUGGGGAUGAUGGAGUUCGAGAUGUUGGCUGUUAUGCGCAGGAGGUAGCGGUGUGUUUGAUGUUCGAAGGAGAAUCAUUAUCCAGCACCAGGGUAUACAUAUGUUUAAGUCAUCAGACAGGGCCGCGAGAUAAUCAAAUUCCUGGCUGCUAGCAGAUGGGUUAGGCGACAGGAUCUGCGCAAGAUGCAAGAGGUUCGCUGAUCGCUACUACUACUACUACUACUACUACUACUACUACUACUACUCCUGCUGCUGCUGCUACCAUCUGCUGUCCGGUCGGUCGUCCGAGGAAUCUUAGCGACGUCAUCAUAUUUCCAAGCCUUGAUAUACUAUAUGUCAUUAUCAUAUUCGGGACAUGAAAGGCUUAAAAAUCAUGGCAAUAGAAAUAAGACUUCAGCAAGGCG